ACAUGAAGGACUUCGGGCAACUCUCCAGCAAGACUGUAACAGAGGUGCUUAUGUUGGAGAUGAAGAUGGCGCCGGCCGCCAAAACAUACUUGGUUUCCGGAUACCCCAGAAAUAUGAGAGACGUGGUGGAGUACUCAGAAAAGAUCCAAGUUGUUAACGGCGUGAUUCUGGUGAGCUGGAGACAGAAGGUGUUGGAGCGUCAGAUCGACUAUGGUGCCAAACUGGGUCACGUGGUACUCAGCCUCGCGAGAAUGGAGCUCAACAAUUUUUACAAGAAUGUUAUGCCGGUCGCGGAUUACUUCGACCAAAGGGGAAUGCUGUAUGCGGUAAACGGCGAGCGGAACCCGAGUGAAGUGUACAAGGACUUCCGGUCGGUGGUGCUGCAGACUCUGGGGAUGCAUGAUCAAGGAACAGAGGGCCCGGUAGUGCCCGCAAACGUAGUUCCAGCGCCAGUCGUUGAGAAGAUCUCGGAGUCCAUACCCUACAAGGCGCCUGCCAAGGGCUUCCCACCGGUCAUCUGGGUGAUAGGGGGUCCCGGCAGCAACAAGUCGGCUCUGUGUCAGAAAGCGGUGCGACAGGCACCGGGCUGGGUCCACUUCAGCGUCGGGAGGUUGCUGAGAGCUACAGCGGAGACGACGGACCCUAGGCAGGGCAACGACUCGCACCUCGUGCGACAAGCCAUUUCGUCCGGGGAAAUGGUGGCGCAGUUCAAGCAACAGCCAAUCGUGAUCCUACUGGACUGCUCCAAGCUGCAACUAGGAAGAGGGCGACUGGACGACAGCGUCGCAGCUUUCCGACGCCGGUUGGAAUUGUUCCGUGAGCUGUCACUGCCCAUGCUGAAGACCCUGGAUAACGAGAAUCGCCUCACCAUAGUCGAUGGCGACACGGACACACCAAUGGUUCAAGAGGAUUUCAACCGCGUGGUGCUUCAACAAAUCGAACACUUGAAACGCACUGGAGGGAUGAUUGUUCCUCAACAGUCGCUUUCCAAACCGCAACAGGCCCUCCCCCCGAUCGCAAAUGGAACCAACCCCAUAAUUCCUAGGGCUGGAGGACAACCUGAUGCCACGAUACAUGACCUUGAGUCAGAUGAUGGCCAGGCUGGCAAUCCUAUGAGGCCAAAUGGCGUCCCCGUUAACACCAUCAGCAGGCAGGUGGCAGCAGCAGCUAUUCAUCACGCCGGUGGACAGCAGAUAGCAAACGGGGGCGGUGCGAUACCUGGCAAUUUAAGGGCUGCAAUACCGAACGGGGUAGCUGGGGCCACUCGACAUGCGCCUGUGAUAAACAAUAUGAUGGGAUAUACGAAUAUUAACGGACCAAAUGUUCCGGGGGGAAGACCGUCCAGGGACACCAUCAGAGAUAUGUAUGCGAACGUGGAGAGCUACCCCAUGGACACACACCUGUGAUGGCUGAAUCAAUAAACUUAAGACUGUACAAUAUACAGAUAUGAGUUGCACAUGAACGUAAUGUAAAAUGUGUGUAAUCGUUUUAUAAUAAUAUUGCUAGAAUUGCGUGUGGUUGAAAUUUAUAUUCGUAUAUUGUACUUUGAAAAACACAAUAUGAUGCUACAACAUAGAAUCUAAGUGUGGUUUUGUGGCAUCAGAAAUAUGGCUGAUAUCCCCCCCCCCAAGACACUGCACAGCGCCCUGGAUAGGGAACAAGUAGAAGUUUGGAGAAAUACAAUUUCGGAGUUACGGACGUGAAGUGAUGACAAAACACAUUUAAGUGGGGACACAAUUUUGUUCUCUGGCUGAAUAUAUAAAGCACGAUUCCAACGUUAGAAGAGACUGCCAUGUGUAUUCAGAAGUAGCAGAGAGCACUCACACGUCAAUGUAUCCAUUUCAUGCUAACUGAACAAGCUGAAACUUAACUAAACUUAACUAUGGAGAAGAAGUCCUCGUAUUCUUCACUGCUUAGUCUUAUAAACUUUGCGACUGGGUAGUCAUCAUUAAUGGUAUUUUGAAUGGAUGAUGUUUUGUUUGUCAAUAUUAAAUUCUGUUGAAGUGUUAAUAAACUUCAUAUCUGUGAACAGGUGGCAGCGAAACAAACUUCUGGAGCUGUUCCGUGGUCUGAGUAAGUCUGAAGAGACAGAAUAAUUUGGUAUCAGUGUCCGAUAAGACCAACAUUAAGCCGUGGCUGUCAGUGAAACAAGCGCGGUAUAGAGAAGUACACGAGUCGUUCCCCAGCACUGGCUAACAAAGGGAUAACAAAUGCAAGAGAGGAAGUUCAGCUCAACGCAGGUGUUUCCUGUCCAGGAAAGGUGUUUCCACAUAUCUGUACAACUGUUCAUUUUAUUUGGAACGAACGCUAUUGUCUGCGAGGUGUCCACUGUCUGACGUAAUUUAGGGUAGCCUGUGAGUUCACAGUUGAUAAUAACUUAAUUAACGACUACAAAUAAUUAACAAUCAUUCUCUUAACAUUUUUUGAAUACAUCUCUUCAAUAAGCACAGGAAGAUCCUCCUUGUGGGUAUACUAAAUAUGUAUUUAUAUCGUAAGAACUGUUAAGCAAUUACUGUCUUGCAUACUGACAAAUUAUGGAAGGAUCAAUGGACGUGCAUGCACCGAUAACAGGUUUUCAAGAAAUACACUCAAUGUUACCGGAAAAAUGCUGUCAGAAGGAUGCAGAUGUGUAUUGUCACUAUAGGGCAGAUCCUGCAAGCAUGUAUUCUAAUAGCUUUAAACUGUUUCAUAAAUAUCUUCAAAAUACCUCUUUUGCAACUAUCUCGAAAGUCAUUCAAGUUUUUAGAGAAUAAAGCGAUUUAACAGCA